CACAACUCGCAUACAACCCCAGCGCUGUCAGUAAAAGCAGAGAAUUCCUUGGAAAAAAAAUGGCAGAAACCCAGACGCUUAACUUCGGACCAGAAUGGCUCCGGGCCCUGUCCGGUGGAGGGGGUAGUAGCAGUGUGGCUUCGCCCCCUCUCUCACCUGCGUUGCCAAAGUAUAAACUUGCAGAUUACCGCUACGGGCGAGAAGAGAUGCUAGCACUUUAUGUAAAGGAUAUCAAGAUUCCGGUAGAUCUACACGAUAAGGAAUUUCUGCCAAUUUUACAAGAGGAACCCCUUCCCCCGCUCGCUCUCGUACCCUUUACAGAGGAGGAGCAGAGAAAUUUCUCCAUGUCUGUAAACAGUGCAGCUGUCCUUCGACUGACGGGUAGAGGAGGAGGCACAGUAGCAGGGGCACCAAGAGGUCGAAGUUCGUCAAGGGGACGAGGUCGGGGCAGAGGCGAUGGAGGGUUUUACCAAAGAAGUUUCGAUGAUGUGGAAGGGGGAUUUGGUCGCGGAGGCAGAGAGAUGCAUCGCUCUCAGAGUUGGGAAGAGAGGGGAGACAGAAGGUUUGAAAAACCUGGUCGAAAAGAUCCAGAUGGAGCUCCAGCACACUUUCCGAUGAAUCACAUACGUGCUAACUAUGAGGAGGGUGGGCCAGGCACGGGCAGGAAGCAUGAAUUCACACGCUCGGAGAGCGAGAACUGGCGCAUGUCCCGCGAGGAACAGAAUGGUGAGGAUGAUGAGGGGGGCUGGAGACUGGCGGGUUCUCGACGGGACGCUGACCGCUGGUGCCCACCGAGUCCAGACGGUCCUCGUUCGGCAGGGUGGCGGGAACACCCGGAGCAGAGGCGGCGUUUCCCGUUUGACUCGCGGGGGGAGGAGGAGCGGAGUUACCGACGGCCGCGUUCCGGCAGCGGGAGCAUGGAGGACGAGAGGGACAGCCUGCCGGAGUGGUGCCUGGAAGACGCGGAGGAGGAGACGGGGACAUUCGACUCCUCCGGGGCCUUCCUCUCUCUCAAGGCAAGAUCCAAUCAGAAGGCUCCUAAGGAGCCCAUCUUGGAAGAGGCAGAGCUGGACUUCCGGCCAUUGGAAGAGUGCGAAGAGCAAUCGGAAAAGGAGGAAAGUGAAGCAGAAGAGACCAAAGAGACAGACACAGAGGCCAAGAAGGAUGCAGAGAAGACCGAAGAAGUCAGUACAUCCGAAGAGGAAGCUCCAGCAUCCGCUCCGUUACCGACCGUAGCGUGUCUGCCCGAGCCUCCUGCCCCGGUCGUAACCCCAGCCCCACAUCCAGAACGAAUCGAGGAGACGGAGAGGCUGGGAGAGAGACCCCCGGCUCCCGAAAUACACCCCCCUGAGGCCAGCAAAGCCCCCCCUCCACACGCUUCCCUCCCCAGCAGUAUAGUGGAAGCUAUCUCUAUACCUCACAUUACAGCUACACUCACAGAUGUCCCCGCCCCCUCGCCGACGGUGGUGCCGCAGCAGCCGCUGGUGCAGCCCAAGCCCCUGGAGGUGCCCCUGGCCGUGCCAGGGCCCCUGCCUUACGCCGCGGGCAUCAUAGCACCCAUCGGCAGGCCCCCUGCCCCGCCCGCGGAGACGGACGAGGACGAGGGCCUGAAGCACUUUGAACAGGAAGCGGAGAAGAUGGUGGCUUAUCUGCAGGACGGUGGCGUGGAUGACGAGCGACUGGCAGCUAAGACCGCGGAGAGACCGCAAGCAGCAGGCAUACCACGCUCACCAGAGGCCGCGCUCAAAUGGUUUUAUAAAGACCCCCAGGGAGAGAUACAGGGGCCUUUUAACAACCAGGAGAUGACGGAGUGGUUCCAGGCGGGCUAUUUCACCAUGUCUCUGCUGGUGAAGAGGGGGUGUGACGAAAUCUUCCAGCCGCUGGGAGAGAUUAUUAAAAUGUGGGGGCGCGUGCCCUUCUCCGCCGGGCCUGCUCCACCUCCCAUUCGGGGGGAUGCCGAUCAAGAGCGGUUGAAAAGACAGCAGGAGCUUAAUGCUAUUAACCUGUAUCAGCUUCAGCAGCUACAGUACCAGUACCUGCUCAGACAACAGUAUGCUCAGGCCCUGGCCCAGCAGAAGGCCGCAGCUCUGAGUUCAGCCGCCCCACCCCCACCACAACAGCAGCAGAUCAACCUGCUUCUACACCAGGCUCUAAAAAUGAGAUCAGCAGAACCGGCACAGAGCUUACUGCCUCCAGUAACGCGUUCCAUGUCGGUUCCUGACGCGGGUUCUGUUUGGGAAAUCCAGAACCCUUCCACUCAGGCAUCCUGUACUCCAAACCUUCAGACGGCAGUCCCCAGCACUUGGGAAGGAAGCAGUGUCUGGGACUUGCCCAUUGACUCCAUACCUCCAGGCCCAGCCCCAUCCAUAGAGCAGAUACAACAGCUGGAAAAGGCUAAAGCUGUGAAGUUGGAGAUGGAAAGAAGGGAGGCUGAGCUUCGGGCGAAAAGGGAAGAGGAGGAGAGGAAACGUCUGGAAGAGGCGUUACGAGUGCGACAGGAAGAAGAACGCAAGCGUCUGGAGGAAGAGGAGCUGGCACGACGCAAACAGGAAGAGGCGCUGAGGAGGCAGAGAGAACAGGAGGAGGCCCAGCGCAGGCAGAAAGAGGAGGAGGAACGGCUGGCGCAGGAGGAGGCGCUCCGCAGGCUGGAGGAGAGGAAGAGAGAGGAGGAAGAGAGGAGACAAAGGGAAGAGCUUCUCCGUAAGCAGGAGGAGGAGAGAAAGAAGCAAGAGGAGCUGGAGGCCCAGAGGAGGAGAGAGGAGGAGAAACGGUUGGAGGAGGAGGCAGCGGCGGUGGCUGCGGCCGCUGCGGCGGCGUUGGCUCGUCAGCAGCAGGAGGAGCAGAAGAGGAGGGAGCAGGAGGCGCAGCGGCAGCAGGAGCUGCAGAGACAGAGACUACAACAGCAGGAGGCGCUGAGACGGCUACAGCAGCAGCAGCAACAACAGCAGCUGGCACAGAUGAAGCUCCCCUCGUCCUCUAAGUGGGGUCAGCAGUCUGCCUCCGCGGCCCUGACGCAGCCCCAGAACCCCCUGUCGCUCGCCGAGAUCCAGAAACUGGAGGAGGAGAGAGAGCGGCAAGCCCGAGAAGAGCAGAGACGGCAGCAGCAGGAGCUCCUGAAGGCGCAGCAGCAGCAGCAGCAACAGCAGCAGCAGCAGCUGCAGCCCCAGGCCAAGCUGUCGGGCUGGGGCAACGUGGCCAAGCAGCCGGCCGCCACCAAGUCCCUGCUGGAGAUCCAGAGGGAAGAGGCCCAGCAGAUGAAAGAGAGGAAGGAGCAGCAGCAGCAACAGCUGUCCAACGCGGCUCAGCAAAACCGCACCCACAACAGGACUAGCCUCAGUUCGUCUGUGUGGGGACCAGUUAAUGUGACUAACUCGCACUGGAGUUCAGACACCAGUAGUAUCUGGGGGGACACUCAGAACUCUAACGUGGGUUUCUGGGAUGAGGCCGUGAAGGAGACUCAGCCUCCACCCACGCGGAAAGGAAACGCCCAGAAAAACAAGAGCAAUGCUAACCUCAGUAACAGUAACAGUGGACGAUCCAAUAAGAAGGUGGAGGAAGAGGAGAAGUUGCUCAAACUGUUUCAGGGAGCCAAUAAGAGUCAGGACAGCUUCAUGCAGUGGUGCGAACAAACGUUGCACACACUGAACACCGCUAACAACCUGGAUGUUCCCACAUUCGCCUCCUUCCUGAAAGAGGUGGACUCGCCCUAUGAAGUGCAUGACUACGUCAGAGCCUACCUCGGAGACACGCCCCAGGCCAAGGACUUUGCCAAGCAGUUCCUGGAACGUCGUGCCAAACAGAACGCCAACCAGCAGAAGCCUCCGCAGAAACAGCAGCAGGUGAAGCAGGACUCUGUGUGGGGCGUGAGUCAGACGGGCCCUCAGCCUGUGUUCCAGACCAACCACUCGAGCAUGCAGCAGCAGCAGCAGCAGCAGCCGCGCUUCGAGACGGUCACCUCAGGCAAGAAGAAGAGGAAGCAGAAGAUGGUACGGGCGGACCCCAGCCUCUUAGGUUUCUCUGUGAAUGCGUCGUCUGAGAGGCUGAACAUGGGUGAGAUUGAAACUGUGGAAGAUUUUUGAGGACCGUGGAUGGGACUGACUGUCAACCCCACUAAACUGACUGUUCCCGCUUCACCAUUCAGAGCAGCUGCCGAGCUGUUCUGUCACACCACAUACACACAUAUAUGCAUAUAGAU